AUGGAAGUCCAAGGGGGCCCCUCCUCGGGGGCCCCCUCCGCGAGGGCCCCUGCUUCGCCGGCUGCGAGAGCAGCAGCUGCUGCAGCAGACAGCAGCGCGGGCUCCGCAGCAGCAGCAGCAGCGAGACCAGCAGCAGCAGCAGCGGCGUCAGCAGCAGACUCAACAAGUGCUCUGCCGCUGCUGCUGCAGUCCCUGCUUCCCCCGGGCAUUGUCAAAUGGCUGCAGGAAGAAAUCGGAGAAGUCCCUUUGGCUUCUGCUGCUCUCCCGGACCACGACGGGGGGCCCCCCUGGCGGGGGGCCCCUGGGGGCCCCCCGCAGCAGCAGUGCAGCUCCGACCCUCUGUACCCUCUCGAGGCUGCAGUCACGGCGCAGCUCUCCCGCCUGGGGGGCGAGGCCUUUGAGACUUUGGGGGCCCCCCUGAGUUGGGGGGCCCCGGGGCCCCUGGGGGGCCCUGAGGGGGGCCCCUGGGGGGCCCCCCAGGGGCCCCCAGCUGCGCACUGGGAAAAGAAGGAAGAGCUGCUGUCCCCAGGGGAGUCUGCUGCGCUGCUGCAGGUGCUGCUGCCGCUGGCAACAGAAGCUCUCUGCAGCGCAGCUUCCUCGACAGACGAAGCAGACCAGCAGCAGCAGCAGCAGCAGCAGCGGCAGCAGCAGCAGCAGCAGCAGCAAGCCUCAGCAGCGAGCAGCACGACGGUCUUCUCGCUGCUGCCGCAGCCCGCAGCAGGCGAAGGCGAGGCGCUGCAGCAGUGGCUGGGGGGCCCCCAAAGGGGGCCCCUGCUGCGGGCGCUGCAGGGGGCCCCUGGGGGGGCCCCUGCAGCAAACGAAAGCAGCACAGACCUGCAGCAGCGGCGGGUGCGGAGACGCAGACAAGUGCUGCUGCGGCAGAUCAUGAAGAGCCGGGGGCUGCUGCUGCAGCUGUCGAGGCAGCUGGGGCAGGGGGGCCCCGCUGCAGCAGCAGCAGCAGCAGCAGCAGAAGCAGAAGGCGCAGCGGCAGCCUCGGACGAGCAGCAGCAGCAGCAGCAGCAGCAGCAGCAGCAGCAGGCGCUGAAGCAACGCAUGAAGGCCGAGCUGCGGCGCGGCGCCAUGGCUGCCUACGAGCUUUGCUGCUUGUCUCCUGUCAAGAAAGAGCAGCUGGGGGGCGGAGCAGCAGCAGCAGCAGCAGCAGCAGCAGCAACUGCAGCAGCAGCAGCAAUGGAGGUGACCCACGUUAAGCGGGAAGCAGGCGUGCUGCUGCCGGACCAGGCGCCCCGCGCUGCAGCGGCUUCGCAGCAGCAGCUGCUGCAGCAGCAGAGCUGUGCGUCGGCCCGUCCUGCAGCAGCAGCAGCAGCAGCAGCAGCAGCAGCAGCAGCAAAAGAUGGCAUUUUGUGCAGCCCGGACCUGCUGCUGCCUGUUGCUGCACUGCCCAGCGAUGUUGCGGAGGCUCUGCCACCUGCAGCAGCCUUUCCAGGGUACUGGGGGGGCCCCUGUCCUGCCCCUCCGCCCUCUCCAGUCUCUCCUUCCCAGGAGGGGCCCCCCGAGGGGCCCCCCGUGGGGCCCCAGGGGGGGCCCCUCGAGGGCCCCCACGGGGGGCCCCCCGAGGGGCCCCACGAGGGGCCCCACGCGGGGGGCCCCCAGGAGGCGCCCCAGGAGGGCCUCCACGAGGGGCCCCACGGGGAGGGGCCCCACGGGGAGGGGCCCCUUGAGGGGGGCCCCCUGGGGCCCCUAGGGGGGCCCCAGGGGGGCCCCCCUGAGGCCGAGCUCAGGGCACCCCACAAAGAGCUGCUGAAGACAGAACUUAAGGGGAAGCAAAAGACACAGAGCAGCUGCUGCUGGGCGCUGCAGCAAAUUGCUUUUGACGGGAAACGCAGCGCCUUCGUAGUUACUCUACGCCAGUCCAGCAGCAGCAGCAGCAGCAGCAGCAGCAGCAGCAGCAGCAGCAAGGCGCUGUGCCGGCGGAAAGUGUUCUCGUGCCUCUGCCGCAGCAGAGAGAGGGCUGCAGCAGUGGCAGCAAAAUAUGCAGAACUGCGGCAGCAGCUGUCUCUGUCUGCUGGGGAAGCAGCAGCAGCAGAUAUCUUGUCGGAUGCGGGAGCAACAGACGACGAGUCUCCUGCUGCUGCUGCUGCUGCUGCAGCGGGGCCUGCAGCAGCAGCAGCUGCUGCUGCUGCCCCGGCGGCGGGGGCGAGCGACGGGCGCAAAGCAGCAGCAAGCAGGCGCUGCUGCAGCAGCACCGUCGUUGAGGAGCUGCUGCAGGAGGUGAACUCGAGCCUGCAGCUGCUGCAGCUGCGGCAGCAGCGGCUGCUGCUGCAGCAGCAAAGUGCGCGCCUCUACGUUGCUGCUGCUCAGGGCUGCUGGUAUACCAAAGACACUUUUGUCCAGGGGGCCCCCUACCCCCUAGGUGACCCUCCUUGGAGCCACAGGUUGGCCCCGCUGCCUCCGGGGGUUCGUCUGAGCCAGGGGUCUUCAGCAGCAGCAGCAGCAGCAGCAGCAGCAGCAGAAGCAGACCUGGCAGCAGCAGCUGCUGCGCCCGCAGGCCCCCACCACGCCGCCAAGGGGGGCCCCCACAAAGCCAAGUCCAACUCGAAAAGUGCUGCUGCGCUGCUCUCGGGGGGCCCCCGUGGGGCCCCCUUUGCUUCUUACGCGGACCCAGAGGACGGCAGCUCUCUGGGGGGCCCCAUCAAGAGCACCGCAGCAGCAGCAGCAGCAGCAGCAGCAGCAGCAGCAGAGGGCGACAGCAGCCUGCAGGGCCCCUUCAUGGCUGCUGCUGCUGAAGCAGAAGAACCUUUUCCAGGAGACCCCGCAGAUGCCAAACCCUGGCCAAGGGCCCCCGUCUCGAGGUCCCCUUACACUUGUUUUGCUGUUGAGGUGGCCCUGGGGGCCCCCUCCGCCCCGGGGGGCCCCCACGGGUCUGCUGCGGGGGCCCCGGGGGCCCCCGGGGCCCCGGGGGCCCCCGGGGCCCCCGGGGCCCCUGCAGCACAAGCUGAGAGCAGGCCAGACAGUGCAGCCCCUAAGACUUCAUCUGCUGAGGGGCCCUGGCCCGAGCCGGUGGCGUUGGGGGCAGCUGAGGAGGCCCCCGAAGCAGCAGCAGCAGCAGCAGCAGCAGCAGCAGCAGGGGCGGCGACGGCAGCAGCACCAGGCGCGGAGGGCGGCGGCGGCGCGGACGGUGGGGCCCCGGGCAACAGCAGCAGCAGCAGCAGCAGCAGCAGCAGCAGCAGCAGCAAGGGGCUGGAGAGCCCAAGCAGCAGCAGCUGGGGCGUUCGCGUAGUGCAGCGGCAGCGGGGCGACACGUGGCAGCUGCGAAUGGCAGCAGCGCUGCUGACGCGAGGCUUCGAGCAGCUCAUAGAAGAAACAAAAAGAGAUGCAGCAAAUGCUCUCGUGGACUUCUUGCUUAUUUACGACUCGCAGCAACACAGGGGCCUGCGCCCCCCAGUGCCCUUGUCCUUCGUGGUGGCUGCGGACUCGGAGAGGCGCAGAGAGCUGCGGCAGCUCUAUGACCUUUUCCUCGAGCCCACUUUCGCUGUGCAGGCAGAUGAAAAAGUGGUGCGGGUCCGCGACGCAGUGAUCAACAUAUUUACCUUUCCGCAGCUGUACAUAAUGCUCAACUGUCUCCUGACGUGGGACUUGCGGCUGCUGUGUCUCUCCAACUUCCUCAUUUGGGUCUGCGGCUACUCCAGCGAUGUCGCCUCUUGGUUUUCUGACCCCGCAGACCCCGAAGCUGUGUCUUAUUUGCUGAACUUGGCCCACACCUUCUACGACCGGCUGGGAGCAGCAGCAGCAGACACGGGAGCCCGCGAGCUGCCUGCAGAUGACAUGGCCUUGCUGCAGAAGAAUCGGCUGCUGCUGCAGCUCUACAUGGCCCAGGACCAGAAGGACGCAAACCCAGCAGCAGCAGCAGCUGCUGCUGCUGCUGUAGCGAGCCAGGACUCCGCAGUGGGAACAGCCGCGCCGGCCGGCAGCCCUGGAGCAGCAGCAGCAGCAGCAGCAGCAGCAGCAGCAGCUGGCACCCCGCGCCCGGCAGGAGCAGGGGCCCCUGUUUGUGGGGGCCCGCUGGAGCCUUCUCCGCUGGGGGCCCCCACCCCAGGGUCCCCUCCUGCUGCUGCUCCUGCUGCUGCUCCUGCUGCUGCUCCUGCUGCUGCUGGGGGCUAUAAAGAAGAGCUGCUGCAGGUCACAGGGGUGGGUCUUGUGGACUUUACAUUGCCGGAUGGUGUAAAGUUUGACAAGAGCAAAUUGGCAUUUCGUUGUCUUUGGAGGGAGGGCACUGCUCCCUGCCGGCAGCAGCAGCAGCAGCAGCAGCAGCAGCAGCAGCAGCAGGGGAUGGCCUCUCCAAAGACCCCUGCAACGGGGGGCCCCACCAAGUGGCCGGGGGCCCCCACCCCCAGCAGCAGCGGCGUCAAGACCCAGAGCCUGCAGCAGCAAAACCGCAGCAGAACUUUCAGCUGCCGGAAGUACGGGCUGUACCAGAGCAAGCUCCUGGCCAUGCAGGCGCGGCUGGCUUCGGAGCUGCUGAUCCCGCAGCCGCCCGCAACUUCGCGCAGCCGCAUCCCCGCGCUGCCUGCUGUUGUCUUCGGGCUGCUGCCGCUGCCAGAGCCCGUGGAGUCUGCGCAGCAGGCAGUGGAGGGGCUGCCAGUGCCUGCGGGGGACCGCAGCAGCAGGCGGCAGCGGUGGCAGCAGCUGCUGCAGCAGGGCGGCUGGAAGGGCGGCUGCUCGGACCCCCUCUUUGCAGAAGCAGCAGCAGAUGCUGUUGAGGCUCUUGUGGGUGACAGUGCGCAGCACGUCAAGCCCAGCAACAAGCGAAAGCGGCAGUCCGGCGCGCCCCCCAGGUCCGCAGGCCAGCAGCAGCAGCAGCAGCAGCAGCAGCAGCAGCAGCAGCAGCAGGAACCAGGCCAGGGGGGCCUCCCUGUGGGGUCCAACGGGCUCUCGGAAGACGGGUCGGUGCUGUCGGCGCUGCCCGCGGACUUGGCCGGCGGCGGCGGGUGGGGGGCCCCCUCUGUGCUGCAGCCCGUGGGGACGCCCCCGGGGGCCCCCGGGGGCCCCCCGGGGGGCCCCGGGGGCCCCGGGGGCCCCGGGGGCCCCGGGGGGCCCCCCUGCCCCGCUGCGGGGCCCCUGGACUGCGCAGCGUCGUGGGUCUUGCAGCCCACAGAAGGCGGAGACGGGCGGCUGCUGCAGCAGCAAACUGUUGGGACUCGAUCUAUGCUGGCUUGUGUGUGGGAGCACGGGGCUUGUCGGUGGCGCGUGGCUGUGGCUGCUGCUGCAGCAGAAGACGGGGGCGGCGGCGAGGCGGCGCCUGCUGCUGCUGCUGCUGCUGCUGCUGCUGCUGCAGCAGCGCCUGCUGCUGCGCUGGUGAGCCGCAGCUGCUUCUUCUUCUCGCCGUCAGACCCUCUGAAGAGGAAGCAGGCGCUGCUGCUGGCCAGGCGCUGGGCUGCCUGCCAGCUGCUGCUGGGGGAAAGACUUUGUGUCUUGGCUUCUCAAGUUCCCGGGACUGAAACUGCUGUGGAGUUUCUGCAGCAGUUUCCCGGGCUGUGGACUGCAGCAGACGAAGCAGAUGCUGCUGCACUGGCUCGGCUGGGGCCGCAGCAGCUGCGGGCGGUGGCAGUGGCUUGCGAGGGGGAGGGCGCUGCGGGCUUUGCUGCAGCAGCGCCGGAGGCAGGCCUGCACAGCAGCAGCAGCAGCAGCAGCAGCAGCAGCAGCGCAGCAGCAGCAGCAGCAGCGCACAGCCCCGCCUUCAGCGCGCCGCCGCACCCAGCAGCAGAUGCUGCAGCAGCGCCGCUGCAGCUGCUGCAGCAGGACGGCGCACCAGCAGCGCCGGCGGGCUGGCCGGAGUGGCAGGGGCCCCCGAACUGCAUGCACGGGCAGGGCUUUUCCCCGGGGGCCCCCCUGGGGGCCCCCCUGGGGCCCCCCCUGGGGGCCCCCUGGGGCCCCGCAGCAGAGAGCAGCGGCGCAGAGGGGCCCAGCCCAGGGGCCCCCUGCGGGGCCCCCCCCAAGAAGGGAAAGCUGCGGGCGAGGCCCCAAAGACAUGUGCUGCCGAUGGAUGAUGCAGCAGCAGAAAGGCUGCGGGCUCAAAAAGCAGCAGCAGCAAGAGUGCGGUGGAUGCGGUACCGCAUGCAGCAGGAAGCAGAGGCGCAGCAGCUGUCUGCAGCACUUGCUGCUACUCUCUCAGACAAACCCUCAAUGCAGCCAAACGGACUUAACUCCAUUACAGCAGUUUUCCCCAUGUAA